ACGUGAUCGCCAUGCGACAGCCAGCUUGAUACGCAGUUGUUGUUUUAUCGGAUUUGUAGGAAUUUUCCGUCACGGACUGAAUUCUGGUUAAAGUUUAUCGGGUCACUGGCGAACCGGAGGAGAACCACAGGACUCCAGGAGCAGAACUGAACUCUCUGUGACCCGGAUUAGACCAGAGUCCGGCUGCGUGGCGCAGUUUGUUGCUCUGUUUCGGUUCUUUGGGAAAGCUAGCUGUUAGCACCGUUAGCUCUGAUUAGCCGUGUGUUUGAUUCUGCCUGAUGGAGUAUCCCGGCGGAGGAGGGGCGGUGCUGAGCGGCGGGAACGUCCCGGCCUUCCUGACGAAGCUGUGGACCCUGGUGGAGGACCCGGACACCGACCCGCUCAUCUGCUGGAGCCCGAGUGGAACCAGCUUCCAUGUGUUUGAUCAGGGACGGUUCUCUAAAGAGGUUCUACCAAAGUUCUUCAAACACAACAACAUGGCUAGCUUCAUCAGACAGCUCAACAUGUAUGGGUUCCGUAAGGUGGUUCACAUCGAGCAGGGAGGUUUGGUGAAACCAGAGAGAGAUGACACCGAGUUCCAGCAUCCGUUCUUCAUCAGAGGACAAGAACACCUGAUGGAGAACAUCAAACGCAAAGUCACCAACGUGGCGUCGGUGCGUCAGGACGAGGUGAAAAUCUCUACAGACGAAGUGAGCAAGAUCCUGACGGACGUCCAGCUGAUGAAGGGAAAACAGGAGACCAUCGACUCCAGGAUCAUCGCCAUGAAGCAUGAGAACGAGGCUCUGUGGAGGGAGGUGGCCAGUCUGAGACAGAAACACGCUCAGCAGCAGAAAGUCGUCAAUAAGCUGAUCCAGUUUCUGGUGUCUCUCGUCCAGUCCAACCGGAUCAUGGGAGUCAAGAGGAAGAUGCAAGUCCCUCUGAUGCUCAACGACUCUAACUCCGCCCACUCCAUGCCCAAAUAUAGCCGACCCUUCUCAUUGGAGCACAUGCAGGCUGCAGCAAAUCUCUUCUCAGCCGACUCACCGCUGACUUCAGGGCCGAUCAUCUCCGACAUCACAGAGGUGGCCACGCCCACCACAGAUGAUGUGGUGGGUGAUUGGACAGACCCAGGAGACAUCCAAUCAGUGGACAUCAAAGAGGAGCCGUGCAGUCCUGAGGUGGAGGUGUGUCCUGUUCUAGAGGGCGUGGCUACACCUGUGGACACGCCCCUCUCCCCCACCACCUUCAUCAACUCCAUCCUACUGGACACUGAGACGACGCCACCCCCGGUCACCCCGACCUGCAGCCCCCCUACAGCAGCCAGUCCUAUCGUGGUGACGAGCCCCGCCUCUGCUGGGCCACUCCCACCAGCUCCAACCAGCCAAUCACCUGCCUCCGCUGCCCCAACAAAUUCUGCCCCCAAACCCCCCACCACACCUCAACAGAAAUGCCAGACCAUCGCUUGUAUCGACAGACCCCACCCCCCUCCCUCUGCAGGUGGACUCCCACCUGACGUCUGGCGCGUCGUAUCGACAACAGCUGACAAGUCGGAGCUGUUGGAUCACGUCGACCUCAUCGACAACAGUUUAGAAAACCUGCAGAACAUGUUGAACACACAGACCUUCACCUUCGACACGUCUCCUCUCUUCGAGUUUUUCAGUUCGUCCGGUCCUCCAGCAGACUUCGACCUCGACAGUUUGGACACGCUGCUGUCAGAAGAGGCUCCUAAAGGAAGUGCUGAAAGCAACACAGGGAAACAGCUGGUGCAGUACUCCGUAGCCACACCUGUCCAACUGUCUGAACCAAUCAGUGCGGGGGAGGGCGGAGCCGACCUGCCGUCCCUGCUGGAGCUGGAGGGGGAGCCUUUCUUUGAUGCCGACCCGCCCGCCGAUGAUCCAGCUGCUGCCCUGCUAAGCCACGCCCACCUGGACUCUGACCUCUGACAUCACAAGGAUUACCUGUCAGUAACCAUAGCAACAGACACUCUGAGCACUGACUCAGCCACAGCAAUAGAUGGUGAUGAAGUCAAUCAAUCAGCUGUAGAUCAACCGUUAGGUCAAAGUUUUUAUUAUGCAGAUGGUAUUGAUCGAUAUUAACCAUUUAUAUACCUGUCCUCUUCUUCUACUACUCUUUUUAUUUUAGCCUGUUUCUUUUUUGCUGCUCAAAUUAAAUCCUUUGUUUGUUGCUCACUGUAAACACAAACAACAAAGGUUCUCAGAGAACCUGGGUCACAUGGUCCAAUCAGAGACAGGUGUGAUGUCACUGUGUAGGUGAGUCAUGUGACCCAGGCGUUCUCUGCGCUCUGCAUGUUGAAGUCAGAUUUUAUGGUUGUUUUCAUGUGUAAAACAUAAAGAGGAGAAUCUGGA